AAGAAGUGGGACGAGGGCGUAGAAGAAAAAAAUAUAUAGGCAAGAUGGCUGCAGGCUCGGAAUACGGGCUGAGGAGAGUCGUUUGGCAAAAAUUAAAGGAAACCAUUGUCGCAGAUUGCAGAAAAACUGAAGUGUGGAAGAUAUUGAUUUUGGACCAAUUCACCACCAAGCUCCUGACAUCAUGCUGCAAAAUGUCUGAUUUAAUGUCAGAGGGAAUAACAAUUGUGGAGGACUUGUACAAACGCAGAGAGCCUGUUCCAGAAAUGAAGGCUAUCUACUUUAUGUCACCAACAGCAAAGUGCGUGGACGCUUUUAUUGCAGACUUCAAGUCCAAACCCAAAUACAAAGCAGCAUAUGUUUACUUCACCGAUUACUGCCCUGAUGACCUGUUCAACAGUAUGAAGUUAUACUGUGCAAAGUAUAUACGUGUUGUUAAGGAAAUAAAUAUGUCUUUCUUACCAUUAGAGUCACAAGUGUUCACAUGUGAUAAUCCAGGGGCUUUCCAGAGCAUCUACAGCCUGAACAGUCAGGACAAAAACAGUACAAUGGAGACUCUGGCAGACCAGAUAGUCACUCUCUGUGCCACCCUGGAUGAAUACCCCGGGGUCAGAUACAAGAAGGACAGCAACAUGGAGAAUGCCAAGUACCUGGCACAGCUGGUGGACAGCAAGCUGGCCAGGCACUUCGAGUUGGAUGACAGUGGCAAGAAAAAGGGAAAAACCCAGGCUCAACUGCUGAUAGUUGAGAGAGGCUUUGACCCUGUCAGUCCCAUUCUGCAUGAGCUGACCUACCAGGCCAUGGCCUAUGACCUCAUUGAUAUCCAGAACAACACCUAUAAGUACAAGACUAAAGAUGGCUCAGAGAAAACAGCCUUGUUGAAUGAGGAAGACACACUUUGGAUUAAACUGAGGCACUUACAUAUUGCUGAGGUUUCAGCGCAAAUUCCCAAGCUGUUGAAAGAAAUAUCUGCUAGUAAGAAACAGCCGGAUGGGAAGAUCACCAUAAGCAGUUUAUCCCAGUUGAUGAAGAAGAUGCCGUCAUUCCGUAAACAGGUGGCUCAGAAAACUGUUCAUCUAAAUUUGGCUGAAGACUGUAUGAACCACUUCCAUAAUGUGGAGAAACUCUGCAAAGCUGAACAGGACCUGGCAGUGGGCUCAGACGCAGACGGGCUGAAAGUGAAGGACCCCAUGAGAACCCUGCUGCCUGUACUGCUCCACCCCUACAGCGUCUACGAGAAGAUCCGAGCCGUGCUGCUUUACAUCUUCAGCCUCAAUGGAACAACAGAGGAGAACCUGAACAAACUCAUUCAGCAUGUAAAGAUUGAGAACGACCGAGAGUUUAUCCUGAACUGGAAAGAAUUGGGAGUGCCCAUUAUCUCAUCGACUAGCCUUUUCUCUCGCAAACCCACCAGACGGGAUCGUUCCCAGGACGACACGUACAACCUGUCCCGGUGGACUCCUGUGGUCAAAGACGUGAUGGAGGAUGCUGUGGAAAACAAGCUGGACGUCAGGGAAUGGCCACACCAGUCAGAAUGUCCCGCGGCCUGGAACGGUUCAGGGGCGGUCAGUGCCCGUCAGAAGCACAAGGCUAGCGCUCAGGACGAACGCCGUGGCGGCUCUCGCCUGAUCGUCUUUAUCAUCGGAGGGAUCAGCUACUCCGAGAUGCGCUGUGCCUACGAGGUCACACAGGCGGUCAAAUCUUGUGAAGUCAUCAUAGGGUCCUCCCACGUCGUGACCCCCACCACCCUCCUGGAAGACAUCAAGGCGCUCAGCAAAGGCCCCGUGGAGCAUUUCACUAUAGAAGAGAGGAGCAGCCACUGAGGUGUCUACCUGGUGAUGCCCCCCCCCCCCCGCACAACUCCAUCUGCCUUCACUCAGCACAGUGCACUCACUUUCCUCCUCAGGAGAAUGAAGGGAAUCCGCUGCCUUUUUUUUAUAAUUUUAUUUGUUCUGCUACUCAUGUCACAUCUGGCGCAUAUUUGCAACAGAGCUGAAGGACAACACUUUAAACUGGGUUAGUUCAGUGACCCCCCCCCCCCCCCCCCCCGUUGAGGUGUAGGUAGACGUGAAUGCUCCUGCAUUAGCAGUUUCUCAUUUCUUAUGGAUCAGAUUAAAAGUGCACAGACCUCAGGCACUGACAUAACGGCUUUAAUCUUCUAAAUGUUAAUCUUCCUUUGUGUUUUGUUUUUUUUUUUUUUUUGUCUAUCCUCGCAAAAGAUGUUUUAUAUUGGAGGAUAUCUGAUUAAUGCUUAGAGAUAAAAUGGUCGGAAAGUAGCGUCAAGCUAAUGUAUAUAUGUAAGCGCUUAAUCCUUAACGCAGUGUCCCCGGAAGGGCGUCUGUUACUACUGUUUAUGUAUAUUUUCUCAUAUUAUGUAAUUAUCCAGAAUUGUUUUUAACAUAUUUACAUAUUUUUUUUUUCUUGAACAACUGACAAAUAAAUGGGUGAAGUGGUUCACAGUUGG